CAGUAAAUUUAAUCGCGAAUUAUCAGAGAUCUAGUCAAAAAUUGCUCUAAAAAACCCUUUUAAAAGCUCUUAAAAAUAGUUUUUACGAAAAAAUUUAAAAAGUUACCAACUUUUUCAUCGAAAAACCUCAAAAUCCGCCCUCGAAACGCCUUCUGUGAUCAAAAAAUGAACCGAAUUGCAGUUUCGCGAGGACUUUGUACCCAAUCAAAGGUAAUCAGCAGUCGCUUAUCUGGCAAAACUGCAGUUAUUAGUGCCUCCACCGAUGGAAUCGGGUUCGCCAUCGCUCAACGUCUCGGCCAGGAAGGUGCCAAUGUCGUCGUUAGUAGUCGCAAACAGCAAAAUGUCGAAGCGGCGGUCUCAAAAUUGAAAUCCUUGGGCUUGCAACAAGUUCACGGUGUCAAAUGUCACGUUGGACUCGCCGAAGAUCGUUCAAAUUUGAUCAAAGAAGCUGUUUCCAAAUUCGGUGGCAUCGAUAUUCUCGUCUCGAAUGCCGCAGUCAAUCCGGAAGUUGGGUGCGUCUUGGAUUGCAGCGAAAAGGCGUGGGAUAAAAUUUUUGAAAUUAACGUCAAAUGUUCGUUUUUGCUGGCAAAAGAAGUUCUUCCGUAUUUGAAAGAGAAAAAGGCAGGAAGUAUCGUUUUUGUGUCGUCAAUCGCUGGAUUUCAACCGUUUUCGCUGCUUGGAGCCUAUUCCGUGAGCAAAACGGCACUUUUUGGCCUGACAAAGGCGGCAAGUCAGGAUUUGGCGGCGGAAAAUAUUCGUGUGAAUUGCGUGGCGCCUGGAAUUGUCAAAACUAAAUUUUCCUCAGCGCUUCACGAGACAAAGGAAGCUGAAGAAGCAGCCUUGAGCAUGAUUCCGAUGAAAAGAUUUGCGACUUCUGAUGAAAUUGCGGGAACUGUAGCGUUUUUGGUGUCCGAUGAUGCCAGUUACGUCACUGGAGAGACGAUUGUUGCUGCGGGUGGCAUGCCGUCAAGGCUUUAAAUUGACAAAAUUUUAGGUUUCAAGGUUUUUGGUGGCAUUUUUUACAAAAAUUUUU